GGCUCCAGUCCACAGUACCUCGUCUCCUCCAGGACUCCAGUCCACAGUACCUCGUCUCCUCCAGGGCUCCAGUCCACAGUACCUCGUCUCCUCCAGGACUCCAAAAAGACAGUAUGGAGAAGAGCCAGUAUGGACCCCCGCUGGACGCGUCUGCUCCCCCCUACCCCUACCCCAGCUACCAGGGAAGUGGCGGGGGAACAGCCUACCCCCCUCAGCCUGGCUACCAGGGAAGUGGCGGGGGAACAGCCUACCCCCCUCAGCCUGGCUUCCAGGGAGGUCCCCAACCCGGCAUGUACCCACCACCUCCCCAAUACGACAUGGGCAUGGCACAACCUACAAAUGCCCCCAGCGUACCCCGUGACAAACGAGAACCAAGUUGUACAAACACAAGUAACCCAGGUGGUGGUGAUGCAGCAGCCGCUGCCUAGAGACGUGUCCGGCCAGAUGACGUGUCCACACUGUCAGGUCCAGGUUCUGACAGAGACCACACACACCACUGCACUACUCACCUGGGUCAUCUGUGGAGCCCUCUGCUGCUUCAUGUGCUGGCCAUGCUGUUUGAUUCCGUUCUGUGUUGACUCCUGUAAGGACGUAGAACACCGCUGCCCCAACUGCAAGAGAGUGAUCCACAUCCACAAACGCAUGUGAACAGACCAAGAUGAGACACCUGCCACAAAGUGAUCCACCUGCCAGAAAGUGAUCAUCUACUGUAUAUAUGAACAGCCACAGCCCACUGACAGUUCAGUGCGUAAUCCACAUCAGAAAUACAAUAGUCUACUGUCUCUCUGAAAUGACUGCAGCAGUAAAGCUUCCUCUACUGUCUCUGAAAUGACUACAGCAGGGCAGCUUCCUCUACUGUCUCUCUGAAAUGACUACAGCAGGGCAGCUUCCUCUACUGUCUCUCUGAAAUGACUACAGCAGGGCAGCUUCCUCUACUGUCUCUCUGAAAUGACUACAGCAGG